CGCUGCCGAGCCGCCGCGCGCGGGGCGGGAGCGCACCUCGGCGCCUUGUGCGCCCGCGGGUGGCUGCAAGCCCGAGGGAAUGGGCUGCAGCUCCUCUUGCCGACGGGGCUCGCGGGCUGCUUUUCAGUCCUGCCGGCAGCUCCUGAGGAGAACGUACGGUAGCGACCUUUCUAAAAACGCGUGCAGGCAGCUGUUUCUAGCGCUGCACGGUUUGUAAUGCUGGGCAGCUUCUUUCCCGUUAUAAGUUUAAUGGGGUGGAUGAAAGCGUUCCACUUUACGUGUCGCUGUGCCCUAGGCGAGGUGCUCAGUGAGCAGAAUUUGAAAUCGUCCUGCUUAAUCUUUAUUUUUUAUCCAUCUUUACUAAGGCAAAAUUUUAUUUUAAUACAGAUUAUGCUCUGGCAUUAAACUUGUGCUUCUCAGGACACAAGAGAAACGACAUUGUAUCUCUACCUCCACCUCUUUAGGUACACAGUAGGACUUCUAGGAGGAUGCUCGUGACCUGGAUGCCUACACGUUAGCAAAGUCUUACUUUGAUCUAAAGGAGUAUGACAGGGCUGCCUAUUUUCUACGGGGCUGCAAGAGUCAGAAAGCUUACUUCUUGUACAUGUACUCUAGAUACUUGUCGGGGGAAAAGAAGAAGGAUGAUGAGACAGUGGAUAGUUUAGGACCUCUGGAAAAAGGACAGGUGAAAAAUGAAGCUCUACGAGAAUUGAGAGUUGAGCUCAGCAAGAAACACAAGGCACGGGAGCUGGAUGGAUUUGGCCUUUAUCUGUAUGGUGUUGUGCUGCGGAAGCUGGACCUGGUGAAAGAAGCAAUAGAUGUCUUUGUUGAAGCUGCCCAUGUCUUACCUUUGCACUGGGGAGCCUGGCUAGAACUCUGCAACUUGAUUACAGAUAAAGAGAUGUUGAAGUUCCUGUCCUUGCCAGAUACAUGGAUGAAAGAGUUUUUUCUUGCACACAUUUAUACAGAGCUGCAGCUGAUAGAGGAGGCUCUGCAGAAGUAUCAGAGUCUCAUUGAUGCAGGAUUUUCCAAAAGCACCUACAUCAUCUCUCAGAUUGCAGUUGCCUACCACAAUAUCCGAGAUAUUGACAAAGCCUUAUCCAUCUUUAAUGAGCUAAGGAAACAAGAUCCUUACAGGAUAGAAAACAUGGACACUUUCUCCAACUUGCUAUAUGUAAGGAGCAUGAAGCCUGAGUUGAGCUACCUGGCUCACAAUCUCUGUGAGAUAGACAAGUAUCGUGUUGAGACCUGCUGUGUAAUUGGAAAUUAUUACAGCUUGCGCUCCCAGCAUGAAAAAGCAGCACUCUAUUUCCAGAGGGCCUUGAAACUGAAUCCUCGUUAUCUGGGAGCGUGGACUCUUAUGGGACACGAGUAUAUGGAAAUGAAGAACACAUCUGCAGCUAUCCAGGCUUAUAGGCAUGCAAUAGAGGUGAACAAAAGGGACUACAGAGCAUGGUAUGGCUUGGGACAAACCUAUGAAAUCCUCAAAAUGCCAUUUUACUGUCUCUAUUACUACCGACGGGCCCACCAGCUCAGACCAAAUGAUUCUCGUAUGCUGGUUGCACUAGGAGAAUGCUAUGAGAAACUCAAUCAGUUGGUGGAAGCUAAAAAGUGCUAUUGGCGAGCUUAUGCUGUAGGAGAUGUGGAGAAAAUGGCGCUAGUGAAACUAGCAAAGCUACAUGAACAGCUGAAUGAAUCUGAACAAGCAGCUCAGUGCUACAUCAAAUACAUCCAGGAUGUCUAUUCCUGUGGGGAGGUUGUGGAGCACCUGGAGGUCAGCACUGCCUUCCGUUACCUGGCCCAAUACUACUUCAAGUGUAAGCUCUGGGAUGAAGCUUCAGCAUGUGCUCAGAAAUGCUGUGCAUUCAAUGAUACUAGAGAAGAAGGGAAGGCCCUGCUGCGACAGAUCCUACAGCUUCGCAACCAAGGAGAAACGUCAUCCACAGAGAUUGCUGCUCCCUUUUUCCUCCCUGCAUCAUUGUCAGCCAACAACACUCCCACACGUCAUGUCUCCCCACUAAAUCUGUCUUCUGUAACACCAUGAACAAUGCUGAUACUUAUAACCUGUGCAUCGAAUGUGACAUUGCAGAUGGGGCUUCCAACCACUUAUUUCUUUCCAGUGAAAUUUCUACUUUCAUUGUUGCCUUCACUUGAAGGGUAGGAGUCACGAGAGCCCACAGCUGAAGACAGAUGUGCUCCAAUGGGCAAAGGUGCAGCCUCUGUGAAAGUGCCUAUGCUGCGUUGUGAGAGCCUGCUGUACUUCUCACCAAGUCAUUCCAUGUUCCAGAGGGCAGACAUGUUCCAGCACAGAGGACUACUAACUGAGGGAUUAUGAAGAGCUUGUCUGCUUGAGUUAAAAUAUAUUUGAAAUUUGUUUCUGCCGUAUUACCUCUGGUCUUUACUGAACGUCUCUGGAUGACCUCUUGGUGGUAUCACUGCUGUCUACGCAUGAAACUUAUCUGCCUGCCUCCUUAAGGACUUUUGUUUGUCUAGAGCUACACAGAAGAUGUUCCACCAAAGGAUUAGAUGCAAGCACUUAAAUAUAGGUGCCGUGUUUGGGUGGUUUAACGUUGGCUAUGUGCCAGGAACCCACCAAAGCCUUUUUAUCACUCCCUUUCCUCAGCUGGGCAGGGGAGAGAAAAUAUAACAAAAAGCUUGUGAGUAAAGAUAAGGACAGCGUGAGGACUCAGCAAUGACUGUCAUGGGCAAAACAGACUCAACUUCGGGAGAAAUGGUUUGAUUUAUUAACAAUAAAAACACAGUAGGGAAAGGAGAAAUAAAACCUGAACCUUAAAACACCUCCCCCUCUCCCUUCUUCUCAGGUCUCUACCUCCUCCUGCCCCAGGGGCACAGAGGGCUGGGGACCAGGGUUAUGGUCAGUUCACACAUGGUCUUGCUCCUGCUUCCUCUCAGGGGGAGGACUUCUCACACUUCCCACAGCUGUGUAGAGUCCCUCCCCCAACGAGAGAGUCCUCCAUAAACUCCAACGUGGGUCCUUCCCAUGGGCUUCACAACCUGCCCCAGUGUCGAUCUCUUCCUCUGGGAAAACAGUCUGUCAGGAAUUAACUGCUCCACUGUGGGUCCCUGACAGGCUCACAAGUCCUGACAGCAAACCUGAGGUGUCAUUGGCUUCUCUUCACAUGUUCACAGCCCUUGCCUCUUGGGCUUCCCACAUGAUCACAGCCUACUUUGGCAUACCCCUGCAUGGGUGUGGGGCCUGGGCACCUCAUCUCUCUUUCUUCACUUGAUAUCUGUAGAGCAGAUGUUCUCACAUUCCUGCUCCCCUUUUCUGCUGCAGUUUUUGCACCUGUGUAGUAACUUUCUUCCCCUUCUCAAAUCUGUUAAUCACAGAGGCAUUACCUCCAUUGCUAAUUGGCUCAGCCUUGGCCAGCAGUGGCUUUAUCUCAGAACUGGCAUUGGCCCUAUCAGAUACAGAGGAAAUUUCUAGCAGAUUCCCCCUGAAGCCCCCUGUGCUAUCACAGCCUGGCCAUACAAGCCCACUGCGCCUGUCUACAUUGAAGGGCUGAGAGGUGUCAGAGUCAUUCCAAGUAGCCACGUGUGACAGCUGUUUGCCCUUCCAUCUGUGGAUCUGACAGACGUUGGCUUGCAGUAGAAAAGCAGCCUAAAAUUAAAACUAAUGAUUAAAUUACUGGCUUUGGGCUGCUUUAUGUUCUAGUCUUCAUGUGUAUUGUAGCAACUGGAGUUGGGUGAACCAUAGUGGAUCAUUUUGUGAAGGAUUGUCCCAUCUCGUGGACAGUGUGGUGCAGCAGACUCUACUCCUGCAGGGCUGCUGCUUGUCCCUGUUUACACAUCCAGCCAGGAGUAAGGCUACAUGUCAAAGAUACACACAUCUGCCCACCUACUACAGACAUGACAACAAAUGAACAGAUUAACAUGCAUAAGAGAACAGUGUCCUUAGAUGCACUAAAUUAAAACAAAUUGUAGAAGUGGCUUGAUCAUCCUGUUCCUGAUUGUUCAAAGUUUCCUAGUGGAAUGUAUGUGUAUGCUUUUAGUGACAUAGCUCAAGUGCAUAUUCACAUUCUUUGGUCUUUCCAGUCUCUGCCUAUGACCUUAAAUCUCUUUGGUAUCCUUGUCUAGGCCUUGUCUAUCUUGUUCAGUCUCAAGCCUGAACCCAGGCUAUCUUGUAGUUCUUGGGUUUCUCCUAUUUGCUGGCUAGUCCCAAUUAGGGUUGCUCUUGCAACACAAAUAUCUUUACACAGAGUAAGGAGCACAGUUAUAUAAAAAACAGGUAGCAAUGUUGUUCAGUUAAUAAAAGUGCAGAACCCUCCACGAUGAUAAAUUUAUAAGCCUCAGGCAGAUAAAGGUAGCUAAUCAGCAGUUGGUAGCUUUUCUGCCUGCCAUCACCUGUCAUCACCUUCUCUCCCCCUCUCCCUUGACUUGUGAAGAACCACCAUUACUUUAACCUAUGAUCUCAGACAACCAGCCAAAUGUCUCAGCACUAUUCAGCUACAACUUGUAAAGUUGAUAUAACCUGGAGGUCUUUUAAAAAGUACUUAAAGUUUGUAUAUAGUUUGGAUUAUGAAUUAAAAAUCAUCAACUAUGAA